GAUUUAUUUUAAGGCUUGUUACGCAUCUCUACCAGCGGGGAGAUAUCAACAAAUGCAUGAUUAAAAUCUAGUUAUUAAUCCAUGUGAAGAGAGCCGUCGUUAAAACUGGGUGAGGCCCGUCAGCUGCUGCGGGGAGGACCCGGUGAUGUCAAAGCUGAUGUAAAAAUGAAACGGGGAAGCCUGCAGAUCUCUGCCGCCUUCUGGAGCGGUAAAUCAGGGAGGGGAACAACAAACCCGUCCGCUUCUAAUUAGAGUAGCAGGCGGUGCGUUUAGGGCCAGUUUGUCCACUGGAAACGCUCCGCCGCUGCUGCAGCAGCUCCUGGUCCGCGGAUCUCGCAGCUUGUGCAUCACAGAUCUCUCCGUCACACCGAGGUUUCCCCCCUCUACUGCAUGCGUAACAUCUCUCCGGGUCCAGCCGUGGAGCGCACCGACACCUGACCGCUCGGAUCGCAUCAGAACCCGCUCGGAUUUUCCUCCUUCAGAUCAGAAGCGAGGCUGGGAUUUCCUCCUAUCGUUUCACCUUUUUUUCUAUUAUUCCUACACAUCCUCCUCUUCUUCUUCUCCUUAUUCUGUGUGUGUGUGUGUGUGUGUGUGUGUGUGUUGGGGGGAGUCAACCCGGAAUUCUCCAAAUUGGAAAAGCAUUGGCACGUCUCAGGCACAACAUGAAGGACAGCAUCGCCAACAACAGCACAGCCAGCAUCUCCCAAGCCAGGAAAGCAGUGGAGCAGCUGAAGAUGGAGGCCUGCAUGGACAGGAUAAAGGUCUCCAAAGCAGCUGCAGACCUGAUGGCGUACUGCGACGCCCACACACGCGAGGACCCCCUCAUCGUUCCCGUCCCCGCCUCUGAGAACCCGUUCCGGGAGAAGAAGUUCUUCUGCACCAUCCUCUGAUGAGCCGCCGCCACUACUACGAGUGCAGGCUUGGCGUUGCCUGGCUUCUCUGUCUUCACCACACCUGAAGCUAUUGGCCAACAAAGGCGUUGAGUUGAGUUUUGCCUGGUGGACACUCUGUUGUUGCUGGUCAGCUCUGUCUUAGUGGCUGAGGGUUUUGGGGGAGUCAGCCACCGAACUGGCAACCCAGUGAGCGUUACCAUGUCUUGUUAAAUAGGUUUGUUAUUGCUUUGUUGUUAGAGAACAGCCUUGCUCAGUGCUUAAUGAGAUGAAAGAUGUGUUUUGUUUUUUUCCUUUUUCUUUUUGAAUUUUCUUGUGCUAGAUCAUAACUUGCCUCAGGAAACAGAAAAUUUGCCCAUUGUUGAAACUUCUACAUCACGUUUUCCCCUUUUACUUUAUCCAGAGCAAAGUUUACAAAGUUUUUAAUUAAUUUUCUAACGAGAGGUGCAGUUUGAUUUUAUAGCAACAUUGAAAUUUAAUUUGAUGCCUCCCUUUAAUCUGACAGGAGAGUCUCAGAAAGUUAACUUUUCUUUUUGGACCCUCAAGCUGGCAAAAAGCAACUUCAUAUAUUUAAACUUGAGAUUUGACUUGGACUCAUGGACUGGGACUCAAGUCUGAUUGGGAUUCUUAUAAUUAGAGGUUAAAACAAGCUGAUAUGACUGUAGUUCUGACACAUAAUACAUCAUAUGUGCAUAAUAUUCCAAUGAAAACAUUAGCUUGAUUUAUUAGCUCUGGUAUACCUUCACUCUAGCCACUUCCUGAUUAUCAAAAUAAAAGCAUUUCCAUUAUUUUUAUUCAAAAAAUGCGAAAAUACUUUCUUAUCUACUCUUUCCACAGUGCCUCAGGCAUAAUGUUGUAAUUUAUACCUUACCUUGGUGCAUAUUUACCUUUUAGGCUUUACAAAACGGUUUUAAAUCAUUCAAAUUGAAGUGGAUAAAAACUUGUAAACCCUACAUAGUUCAGUAUAGAGUUAAGGAUUACAUAACUUUGAUCCAUGGAUUGACACAAUAAAAGCAUAUGGUUUUAUUCAUUCACAAAUUCAAAAAUUUUAAAGGCGAGAGACCUGAUGAACACUCUUCCUGUGACGACGUGAGACCUGAUAUAAACAUAAAUUCUGAAAACUUGACUUAAACUCAAACCAAAUCUGUUAGACUUGGUUUGAUUGGGAAGCAACAUUUGUUAAAUUUUUAGAUUUCAUACUCCACUGACUGAGAUAAACCGGUCCAAACCCUUUGAAGAACCUGUUCCCCAUCUCACCUAUGGUGGCGCUGCACCAAGAACCCCUGAAAGAAAUUACAUGAAAACCUCUGAAGAAGACAUUGUACGUAACCUCCUUUUUCACGAAAUAUGAACAAAAAAUGGAGUAGUGUCAGAUGUUAGCGGUUGUAAGAUAUCUCUUUUGUAUUUGGUAAAAGAACACGAGUCAUUUCUCCAGAUAGCACUAAACAUUCAGGUUUGUUUUGGUUGUAUUUACCCAGAAUGCAUUGUACUACAACCUGCUUCCUGCUUUUGGAGCUGUUUCCAGUCCUCUUGCAUUCAAACCGCUACCAAGCUUUUUAGGCGGACCAGAGUUCAUUUUUUUGGACAGCAUCAGAGUUUGAUGACUUAUUCACACUUCCAUAAACGAACCAAACCUUGUAGACAAACGAGCCAGCGGACUAAACAGGGUUGCUAUUACAGAGUCUCACUCUAAAGACUUUAGACUUUACAUAGUUUUGCGCUUAAAAUACUGAAAUGAGUUGCGGUUUUAGACUUGAGUCUCUUUAACAAACUUUAACUCGUAUAACAAAGCGAUAAUGUCACAUGGCUCAGUUAUAAACCAGUGAUUUACACCAGGGUGUUGAUAACUAAGUUCAUCAUCAUAAUAAUGACCACUCAGGUGUUUCUCCAGCUGAAUAAAUAUAUUAAACAUCAUGUACUUGAUGAAAAAAUGACUUUAGUUUUGAAUUGAAACAACAUCUGCACUUCACCCGUCAGGAUUCGCCGAAAGCACAAAGAAACAGAUUCCUUAAUUUGCACUGAAAAUAAGAGAGCGGAAGCUGCAAACCAAUUCUGUUGCAAGUAAUUAUAUUGAAUCAAUUUAUGAAAGGGCACAGUGACAACAAUCAGGUAACUUUUUCAAGGUUAUCACAACAAACACAAAUUAUUCAUUUGCUUUGGUGUUCUCUUUGAUUCACUUCCAGUUUAUUUCAUCCCCUACAAAUAAGAGACAUUAUGAGGUCAUGUAGCUCCCAAUUGGAGUAUUAUCUUUCAAUUUGCAGGAGGGGUUUUCCUCCCUGUUUAUUUUCUGGGCCUGUUUCCUGAGACUGGUUACUUAUUUAUUUUUUGCCUGUCCGAUAGAGUGAAUGGCACGGCCUUUGACAUUAAUGCCGGACCAGAGGCCUGCAUGUUUUCCCGCUCCUCCUCUUUUUGACAGCUUCCUCUCUUUCCGAGGGACUGUCGGUCUUUUAGAGUGUACAGUAUGUUACAGUGCCAAUUUCUGUGAGAGCAGCGUGAUUCUCACCCUGCAGGCCCUGCAGCCCUUUCUUCCCUUUUGUUCGUUUCGGCAGAGAAAGCACACUGUCGAAACGUUUCCUUUACAUGGUAGUUGAAUAGCAUUUGCUAAUUUUUACAAUAACUUGUUAUGAUCGUUAAUAUUAUUGUUAUUAUCAGUAGUAAUAUUGAAUAUUUGUUGCACAGCACUGACAGGUACAUGACGUGUAGUGCUACUAUAAGCUUGUAUGAAGAAACAAUUGUUUAUAAAUCAUUGCAAUUA